AUGCGGCGGAAGACCCGCGGGUCGCCGCCGGAUCCGGCCCUUGUCGCCCUGCUCGCCGUCGCUGCCUUGAUAGCCGCAGCAGUAGGAUCGUCGCCGGACGGACAGCAGGCGCAACAGACGCAACCUCAACAACAACAAGCAUCAGGUAAGCUGGGGAGAUUUUUUACUUUCCGCAACCUGCAACACUGUCUUGCUCGCGCUGGGCCGGCCCCGCGCGUGACGGCCACAACCGGUUUUCCGUGCGUGUGCAUCUACCUGCAGCUCUUUGUUCCUUCGGUGCCCGGUGUCGGUGAUCGGCAAUGA